AUGAAGGCCUCCCAGCUCCUCACGCUCGCCGCCGCGGGCGCCGCCGCCGCGGGCAGCGUGCUCGACUCGCCGCUCGGCACCACCGCCAGCGGCUACGACGCCUCGGAGCUCUUCGCCAACCCCGACGCCGCCCCGCGGGACUUCCGCAUCCCGACCCCGUACGAGUCGGCCGUCAUGGGCCGCCGCAUCCUGGCCCUGACCCCGCUGGGCACCCUGUCCACCGUCUUCCCCGAGGACGACGACCACCACUCGGGCAGCCGCCACCACCACUCCUUCGACCGCCAUCGGCCGGAGGGCCUCGGCGGCGUCCCCGUCGGCCUCGUAGACUACGUGGCCGACUGCGAGGACCGGGGCAACCCGACCAUCCUGGCCAUCAACAUCGCCACGCCCUUCCGCAACGUCCGCGCCGGCAGCAACAUCAGCCUGUCCAUGCGCUGGACCCCGCCCUACCCGCCCGCCAAGCGCAUCUCGGUCCUCGAGUGGCUCGGCCUGGCCUCCCCUUCCUCCUCCUCGCCCGAGGACCGCGUGCCCUACUCGGCCGCCAACCUGCCCCGCUUCUCCCUCAUGGGCUACCUCGAGAAGGUCGGCGCCGACGAGGCCGAGGCCGCGGGCCUCUCCGCGUGCUUCGUGCGCGCGCACCCGGACGCCCGCUACUGGCUGCCCGGCAACCGCAUCCACUCGGCCGAGUGGGCGCGCCUCGUCGUCACCCGCGUCUACUGGGUCGGCGGCUUCGGCGACCGCGCCUACAUCGGCUGGAUCCCCGCCGAGGAGUGGGGCAGGGUCACCGCCGAGGAGUGGCAGGGCAUCCGCCUCCCCGGCGAGAAGAAGGGCUGGAAGGAGUGGUCCGUGGGCGAGUGGUCCGAGUCCGACCUCUGA